AUGGCGCAGUUCCGAACAACGUUCCGGCUGGUGGAUACCGACGGGGACGGGCGGGUGAGCAAGGACGAGGUGGCGGGCAUGCUGGACAAGCUGGGACAGAGUGCCACCGACGAGGAGCUCUCGCUCAUGGUGGCAGAGGCCACAGGCUCGGCAGAGGCAGACGCCAUCGACUUUGACUCGUUCAUGGGCAUGAUGGGUGAUGCUCUGGCCGAUAAGGAGCCCGAGGACAUGCUGCGCGACGCAUACGGAGUGUUCAAGGGAGAUGCUGACGGCCUGCCGCUGGAUCGGCUGCGCGAGCUGCUGGCGGCCUUUGGCCAGCCGCUGUCCGACAAGGAGUUUGGCGAGCUGAUCAAGGACAUCGAUGUGGCGCCUGGCGGCUCGCUCUCGCUGGAGCAAUUCUCGCAGCUCAUGGGCGCGGCCAAGGCGUAGUCUGGCUGCUGUGAUCGAUGUUGGGACGAGGUGAAGUGGCCGCGGUGCCGGUAAACAGAAGGCAACGACAUGCCAGCAUCAGAACGGGAGCGCGACAUGCUCGAAUCGCCACGCAUCGGCAGCCACCACGUCAGCUUCGUUGCGGAGGCUGUCAACAAGCG